CGGGUGGGCGGGAAACAAAAAUGGCGGCGGCUGUUGGGGGCGAGAUGCAGCUUCUGCGCCCGUUCUGCUGCGAACACGGACUCCUGUCCCGGCCCGACGGCUCGGCCUGCUUCACACAAGGAGAUACAACAAUUCUGGCUGCUGUAUACGGACCCGCCGAGGUGAAAGUGAGCAAAGAGAUCUUCGACAAAGCCACGCUGGAUGUCCUACUCAAGCCAAAAGUCGGGUUACCAAGUGUCGCAGAGAAGAGCAAGGAGCAGAUGAUUCGAAACACCUGUGAGGCCACCGUGCUGACAGCUCUGCACCCGCGGUCCUCCAUCACCGUCGUACUGCAGGUCAUCCACGACUCUGGAUCUGUAUCCUGACCGUGGUGACAGGUCGGUCUCCGUGCCAGCCUCUGAUCCCCAUAGGCUCCAACAGAAAGACAUGGUAACCCAGCGGUAGAGUUGUGGCCUUACAGCGCCAGAGACCCGGGUUC